GAGAAAAAAAGUUUUAAUAAGCAAAUGGAGUCAAAAGCUUGAAUCACGAGACAAUAUAAUUUGGUAUACAAACGAUGAAAAUAUUUGUAAUUAAAACGAUUGUUUUAAAGAUUCAAAAUAAACAAAAAGGUGCAAAAAAUUAUUCACUUGAAUGUCAAAGAAACUUUUGAAAAUGCAAUUAUGAGAUUGAUAGUGCCGUAUUACCAAAAAAUAAGCUUUGUAAAAUGCUGCUAAACUCAGAUCUAUUUACUAACGUCUUAAAGAUUACCUUAUUCCACAAGCAAGCAAGAAAUGGAAGUUUCGCUGAUUCAAAGUAGUUCUCGCAUUCUACCACCUAGAAUUCAUCCUACUGUUGAAGCAAAGACGGAAAAGAAAUGGUGGCAAGUAAUUAUAGCAUAUAUCCUGCCAAAUAAACAACAACUUAAUCGGUAUAUCACACAAGUAUUUUGCAUUCUAUUUCUCUAUGCAAUAUUUUACGGCAUGCUUGGUGAUGAUGCUUUGCCAGGCAGUGCAAUCUUUGCUCUUUUCGUCAUAGUAAUAUCAGCCUUUUUGGGAGGAAAAUUUAUUGGCCUUAUAAAACUACCACCACUAGUGGGCAUGCUGAUUGUAGGAUUUCUUUUCAGAAACAUCAAAGAAAUUCCUUUUUAUCAUCACAUUCCUAGGAAAGUCAUCACUGAUUUGCGCGAAAUAGCUCUCUCCAUCAUUUUAUUAAGAGCUGGUAUAGGUCUCGAUGGUAAAGCAUUGAAAAGGUUAAAACUAGCUGUUCUUAGACUAACCGUUUGUCCGCAAUGUGUUGAAGUAUUAAGCAUGGGUAUUUUUGGACAUUUUCUAUUAGGACUUCCUUUUAUCUUUUCUUUCAUGUUAGGAUUUAUUAUAUCUGCUAUUUCUCCAGAAGUUGUAUUGCCGCCUUUGUUGGAAUAUGAAAGACAAGGGUACGGAGUAAAAAAGGGUAUUCCUGCUUUGGUAAUUGGAGCUACGUCUCUCGAUGACAUUGCGGCAAUAGCCGGCUUCACUGUUUGUUUCAGUGUAGCUUUCUCAACCAAAGACUUAUUGUGGACAUUAAUCAAAGCACCUUUAGAGCCAAUAAUAGGAUUUGCUUUAGCUGUAAUUUUUGGAGUUUUAUUUUGGUACUUUCCAACUACAUACAAUAAAAGAAAAAUUAAAGUUUAUUACAAUAUUCUGAUGGUAGUAUCGGGAUCUAUAGGUGUAAUGUUUUUGAGCCAAAGAGUAAAAUUUGCUGGCUCUGGACCUCUCGCCUGUAUCAUUCUCGGAUUCAUUGCUUGCAUUAAAUGGAGAAAAGAUCCCCAGCAAUUUGAAGGUGUGUAUAAUGGCACUCUUCUGUUAUGGGACAUUGUUGAACCACUUCUGUUUUCUCUAAUCGGAGCUGAAAUUACAGUUGAUAUUUUACAUUCUAAUGCAGGAUGGGCUAUAUUAUCCUUGAUCUUGUCUCUCUUUUUCCGCACAAUCAUGACAUACUUUAUCACGUUUGGCUGCAAUUUAAACUACAAAGAAAAAUUAUUUAUCUGCUGUGCCUACCUGCCUAAAGCUUCCGUACAAGCUGCUAUAGGAUCUCAAGCUUUAGAUUAUGCGAGAGGACAUGAUUAUUCAGAGGAGUUAGUUAAAUAUGGCCUUAUAGUAUUGAACGUCUGCGUUUUGUCCCUGCUAUUGACUGCACCAUUGGCUGCUAUACUCAUUCAUUUUAUGGGACCUAUAUUAUUAACCAAGGAUAGAAAAUCCUCAAUACUUUUUACUUCUGAAUCAUCAGAGUCAUCUAGUGAAGAAGAAAUAGUUGAUAGAAAGAAAGAAGAAAUAGAUAAAGAAGAAGAUGUUAAUGGAAAAAAGGUAGGAAAAAAAAACUAA